CAAAAUUUUCUUGCUCAGUGAUCUCCACGUCUAUCUGUCUCUGUUUUCUUCGAUUGUGAGUUGUAAACAAAACAUCUGAAACACAGGUCUCUGUCUUCAGAGCUUCGUUGCCACAGAGAGGGAGACACACACACACACACAGACGAAUGGAGGCCACCGGAAUUAUCUCAAAUGUUUCACGGAACAUUACGAGUUGUCCGGCAGUCGAAUCGGCUGAGUGCGAUCAAAGGCGGUUGAGGCCACGGCCAUCCAUUUUUAGCCUAGAGAGAGGCGGUGGGCUCAAACGUGGAGCUGCCCGUCUUGUGCAUGCAAGCAAUUGCAUCGCCGGUGGAGCGGCGGGGAUGCAGACGAUGGGAGAGGUGAACCUCAGAAUCCCGGCCGAUUCCCGUGGCCGUUUUGGCUCCUAUGGAGGCCAGUUUGUACCGGAAACCUUAAUAACUCCUUUAAGAAAGCUGGAGGAUGCUUUCAGUAAGUUGAUUGAGGAUUCAAGUUUCCAGAUGGAGCUGCAGGUACUGCUAAGAGACUAUGCUGGUCGCGAAUCGCCUUUAUACUAUGCCGAGAAGUUAUCGAACUACUACAAGGAAGUUGGAGCUGGAGUGGAGAUAUACUUGAAGAGGGAAGAUUUGAUCCACACUGGAUCACAUAAGAUUAACAAUGCAAUUGGUCAGGCAUUGGCCGCGAAGAAGCUUGGGUAUGAGCACGCCGUGGCUGCAACCGGCGCAGGGCAGCAUGGAGUCGCCGCGGCGGCGGCAUGUGCCAGGAUGGGCUUGAGCUGCACCGUUUUCAUGGGCACUAGGGACAUGGAACGGCAGCCUCACAACCUCCUUCAGAUGAGGACCCUUGGUGCUGAGGUAAGAUCUGUAGAGGGCAACUUCAAAGAUGCAGCAUCACAAGCAAUCAGGGAGUGGGUGUCAAACCUAGACACCAGCUUCCACCUCUCAGGGUCACUCGUUGGUCCGCACCCAUGCCCAUCAAUGGUGGGGGAGUUUCAGUCAGUCAUCGGGAAGGAGGUGAGGAAGCAAGCAACAGAGAGAUGGGGAGCAGGGAAGCUGCCAGAUGUUGUUCUGGCCUGUGUGGGCAGUGGGUCGAAUGCAAUGGGAAUCUUUAGCGAGUUCUUGGGAGAUCAGAAGGUGAGACUCAUAGGUGUGGAGGCAGCAGGCUUGGGGUUGGGAAGUGGGAGGCACUCUGCAACUCUCGCCAGAGGGGAGGUUGGCGUCUUCCAUGGCUCCAUGAGCUACCUUCUCCAAGAUGACUAUGGCCAAAUGACUGAUCCUCACUCCAUUGGUGUUGGGUUGGAGUAUCCGGGAGUCGGGCCGCAGCUCAGUUUCCUCAAGGAUAUAGGACGCGUCGAGUAUUACACCGUCACUGAUGCAGAGGCAGUGAAUGCAUUCAAGAGACUGUGUGCAUUGGAAGGCAUAAUUCCUGCAUUGGAGGCAUCACAUGCUCUGGCCUUCCUCGACAAGCUCUGCCCUCAGCUGCCUCAUGGCUCAAGGGUGGUGGUCAACAUCAGUGGGAGGGGCGACAAGGAUGCAGAGAUGGUCUUACACCAUAUACAGUGAUCACCAUCAAGGAUUCUCAAAGAAGAAGGAGAAGAAUAAGUUCCAAUGGAAUUCUGCGGGGAGAUGGCUCCCUUCCUUUUCAAAAGGAAUGAUCUAUACAAGAGAAUUUGAAAAAAUAAAAUUUCAAAAACAGGAUGCUUAGCAUCAUAGAGUGGAUUACGACGUAGGGAAACUAUACAGUCCCCUUAUAUCAAAAAGCAAGAAGCAAUACUUGCCUAACCACGGCCAAAUUCAUACCUAUUAUCAGUUUCUCUGUAUUGGCAUAGUAAUCCUACCCACUUCUAUUGUAACCUCUUUAUUAUCAACCCGCCAACCAUACUUCAUGUAAGGCGAAGAGUAAGUUAUCUCAUUUUUAUGUCAC